AUGACUGCCGCCAGUUUGAGCCGCGCUAGCCCAACACGGCCAGCUAAGCGAGUGCACAAUCGCCCAUUUUGGGCACUGCGCGGCGUAGUCAUCCAUUGCUGGCUUGCUGUUCGCCAUUUCUCUUCUGCAUCGCCGCCUCCCCCUCGAGAUCCUGUUCAUCGACCCUCCGACCUUGCUGCUCUCCGACUGUCCGUCUUGACAAGUUCAUCCCACAGGUCACAGCAUCGACAACAUCUCCAAGCCGUCAAGAUGGUUCUCGCGGUCGAUCUCCUCAACCCGACUCCCCAGGCGGAGGCCCGCAAGCACAAGCUGAAGAUGCUUGUGCCUGCUCCCCGGUCCUUCUUCAUGGAUGUCAAAUGCCCCGGCUGCUUCGCUAUCACCACCGUCUUCUCACACGCCCAAACCGUCGUCAUCUGCGCUGGCUGCUCCACCGUCCUCUGCCAACCCACUGGUGGAAAGGCUAGAUUGACCGAGGGUUGCUCGUUCCGGAGAAAGUAAAGGGUGCAAAUCGUUUUGCUUUUUUCGCUUCUUCGUUUUGUUUGAAUGAUGAUGAUUGUUGCUAUUUGUUUAAUUAUACAAAAAAACAACCCAAAAUUUUAACGGGGAAUUUUAAAAAUCGAAUGGCGUUUUCAUAUUCUGUCACAUAUUGCUACCUGUGACCGUCUUCAUACUUUUCUACCCUAACCUAACCCUUGACUCUGUCUUUCUCAUUGUUUUUUCUAGCGGACCUUAAACCCCGCUCCCCCCCACCCAAAAAUCUAUGAUCUGCAGAUAGAAGAAGAUGGAAUGAGCAGUUUACCUUCUUCCGGCCGAAUUAUGCAAGAAAAGCGAGCUAACGCAAAGCAAAAGAAAACCAUCUCCUAGUCCCUCUUGCGCAUUCUUUCUUGCAUUUGCCAAAAUACGAUGGACUCUCAGGGGAAAGGGAAACAAAGAGCAGACCUGGCAUCCGACAAACCAAACCAAAAACCAAUACUGUUCAUGAAUUGCUAUUAUGAUGCUUGUUUUAUUUCAGACACCUACCUACCAGAAAAAACUCCUCCAGAAGGAACAACGACAAAUCGAUCCUGAAAUUCCACUUCUUACCUCUUGUUUGCUACAUCGGCCAUUCAAGUGUUGAAAAGGAAAAUCAAGGCGCGAAUGGGCAAUAUAUAUAUCUCUCUUCGGGUUGCGGUCAAAAUGUAUGGAUUCCUGUACAAAGUGUCACCUGGCUGGAAAGGUAACCUGCUUUGGGAGGGAGAUGGAGGAUUGCUCGUGAAGGAUGUCUGGUUGUUGAUUUUGGUAUGGCAAUACAGACAACUUCGACCUGCUCUCUGGUCUUUGUGUCCUGCUCGACAUGGAUUGUUUAGUCGAUUUCUUUGUCAAGCACGAGAAUCUGUUCCUCUCCCGCUGCUAUAACAAGCAGGGCAUUGUCCCCUGUACACUGGUUUGAACAUGAAAAUUAAGCAAACUUUAUUAUUUGACUUCUACCGGAAUCCUGUGUGGUUUUAAAUCUUCAAGGCAUAGUUUUAGACUGCAGGAUUGACUGGGUUGUGCAUUCGCGAUGCCAGGCAGUGCUGGAUAAAUCCCUCCCACUUACUGUAGGCCCGAAGAUAAAGGCUUCCAUAUGAUACUGCCCAAAGCCACCUCUCGCAAUGCCCAACCAUCCCUAAAUUCCAAAAUUACAACUCCUUCUCCCUGCUCUUCUUGCUCCACGCCUUCACCUCCUCCUCCUCCCUCCUCUUACACUCCGCCUCAAAACGCGCUUUCAACUCACUAUCUCCAGCCACCUUGGCAGCCGCCCACCUCGACCUUAAAUCACCAACAGUCGUCCCCACAUACACCUGCUCCGGGUGUCCCAUGGCCAACGGCCACAGUUCAUCCAACCACAUUGCCUGGUUAUACGUCAGCGCAAAUAACUCACUCCACACUAGCCGUGUUAGGAUGCGCAUGGAACCGACGUAGCCGGGGGAUUCUUCGGGCCGCUCGAUGCCCUCGGCCGGGUCGUAAUGGGCGUCGACGGCGAGGAGGAAGUGGUCUUCGGUGUCAUCGGUGUCGUCGGUGGUGGGUUUGGCGUAGGAUGCUAGGCUGGCAGAGUCGAUGAUGAGGAUCGUGCUUUGGUCGAUGCCAUCUGAAGGGGUGAGUGUAUUGAGGAAAGUGAUGAAAUGACUGGUUUUUGCAGAUAUGGUUAGCGGGGAUUGGGGGGGUAGGUAUUACGAUAUCUGUUCAUGUGCUUUUCUUUUGCUUGUCCUUUAUUCGUUGCGUUUAUUGGGUAACAUACCGCUUCGCACCAUCGAUAUCAUCUUUCGCGAGUCCAAGCUCUCGUCCAUCAAACCAUUUCAGUUUCAGGAAUGGCUUAAUGUCCUCUACACCAUCGAUACCAUCGCCCCAAGACGCUAGGUCUUUCUCUAUAGCCUCCUUGAGAGCCGCCCAUUCAACACCAUCGUCGUUCUGGCCAUAGCUGAGCCUAUAAAUGGCAAAGCCAACUUCUGUCAUUGGUGGUUUCCCCAAAUUCUUAAUGUCGCGGAUACGAGAUGUGACAUCAGAGAUCCAUACAGGUGGCGCACGGGGUCCUGGAUUUGGGUCCGAUCGCGCUCGGAGCCGCUGCUGAUCCUGUAUCCGCAGUUGGCCCUCAAUGGCCUUGAGCAAAUCGUUUUCCUUUUUGGGACUCGCGUCUGGGGAUUCUGUGGGGUAAUAACCGGCCAGAACUGUGUUCCGCCAGUCACCCAUUCGUUCCAGCGAUGGUCCAGAGCUGUUUUUGUACCCAUACGUGGACAUAUAGAUGGUGUAGUCGGCCUCCGCG